UUCAUGUUUACAUUCAUGGGUUUACGUCUCCACCGUUCGUCAAGCCAAGAUCACAACGCGACCCAGCUACAACAUUACAAAAAGGGGGCUUCUGUCCGGGAACAAGGAGGAAGGACGCACUUUAUUCUGACGAGGCAGUUGAGGUUGAGAUGUUGCUCGUCGGGGUUUGUCUACUGAGGAGUGUGACAGCGUCUUAAAAGGCUCUUGAGACAAAGAUUUCUGUAUCAAAGACGUGUGGAGGCAGACGAGCACCAUCUUCCAACGCCAUUGUCACAGAUGUAGGCUUAACAGUGUAGGAUGGGUCUACCUGUGGACAGCCCAGGGAGAAAUGAUGAUGGGUAUACAUUUGAGCAGCAGGGAGAGGGCUACGAAAGCCAAACUGACUGUACCCGCACUCCGCCGCCCAUCAACAAGAAGAGGAGAAAAGGCAAGAAGAGACUGUGGAUCAACCUCACCAGCUGCAAAUAUGAAAGCGUGCGGCGUGCUGCUCGUAGAUACGGCCUCAGAGAGGCGAUGGAGGGUGAAGACUGGACACUUUUUUGGACCGACUGCUCUGUGUCUCUAGACCGUGUUAAGGACAUGAAGCGUUACCAGAAAAUAAAUCAUUUCCCAGGGAUGAGUGAGAUCUGCCGCAAAGAUUUACUGGCAAGAAACAUGAACCGUAUGCUCAAGCUUUUCCCCAAAGACUACAAUAUCUUCCCCAGAACGUGGUGCCUUCCUGCAGAUUACAGUGACUUCCAAGCUUACACCAGGGCCAAAAAAAGCAAGACAUACAUCUGUAAGCCAGACAGCGGUUGCCAAGGCAAAGGCAUCUUCAUCACCAGAUCAAGUAAAGACAUUCAACCUGGAGAACACAUGAUCUGCCAGGUUUACAUCUCCAGGCCGUUCAUAGUGGACGGAUACAAGUUUGACUUGCGUAUCUACGUGCUGGUGACGUCAUGUGACCCCUUCAGCAUAUUCAUGUUCAAGGAGGGGCUGGCUCGCUUCUGCACCACCAAGUACAACGAGCCAACACACGGCAAUGUGGAUGAUGUGUGCAUGCAUCUCACCAACUACUCCAUCAACAAGAACAGUGAGAACUUUGUCCGUGACGAGGACACCGGCAGCAAACGAAAGCUGUCCACCCUGAACAAGCUCCUGGAGUCCAGGAGUUGCAACACAGACAAGAUGUGGAACGACAUUGAGGACGUGAUCAUAAAGACUCUGAUCUCCGCUCACCCCAUCCUCAAGCAUAAUUACCACACCUGCUUUCCCAACCACACCAGCGGCAGCGCCUGCUUCGAGAUCCUGGGCUUCGAUGUGCUCCUAGAUCACCGGCUCAGACCCUGGGUGCUGGAGGUGAAUCACUCUCCAAGCUUUACCACCGACUCGCAGCUGGACCGCGAGGUGAAGGACGCGCUGCUGUACGACACGCUGGUUCUCAUCAACUUGGGUGCCUGCGACCGCCGCAAGAUCACCAAAGAGGAGAGACGCAGGGUGAAGGACAGGCUGCAGCAAAACAGCACUAAAGAGGCAAGGACGGAGGAGCUGCGUCAGUGCCAGGCAGCCACGGUGGAGCAGAUGGAGAGGUACGAGGCCAGACACCUGGGAGGCUUCAAGAGGAUCUACCCCAGAGAGGGAGGAGAGAAAUACGACAAGUACUUUAAACACAGCAGCUCGCUCUUCCAGGAGACCGCAGCGUCCAAGGCCAGGGAGGAGUGUGCCAGGCAACAACUGCAGGAGCUGCAUCUGAAACAGGAACAGAAGGAGAGAGAUCUGAAAGGAGGCCGGCGGAAAGACUUGCAGGGGGAGACCGCUGGGGAGAGAGUCAAACCCCGACGAGCACAAACACAAGCCCCUGACUCAAACUGUGACCCUCAGCCGCUACCUCUGUCCGGAGCGUCGCUGUAUCCUGAAGCUGCAGACGUCCGAGAGGAGAAGGAGGAAGACAAGGAGGAAGACAUGGAGGAGCAGGAGCGGGUCAAUGCGCUGCUCCAGAGGAAGAAGCUAUUGCAGGACCUGGGGGUUGUGGACCAAAUCCACCAACUGCUGCAGGGCCGGACAGAAGGAGGGGGAGUCCUGCAGGACGCCAAGGACGCCUGCACCCACCACCAGCAGAGUAAGCUGGCUCAUCAGAGACAACAGCAGACGAAGUGGGACUGUUUGACACAGUAUUCCCAAAAGACAAAGCAGCAGUCCUGCAAUCAGAUGUCACGGCAGCACAUCCACUCCCACAUGACUCAGCAGCGCCUGCUCAGGCCCUCGUUGGACCAGAGGAGCCUGAACGAGUCCACCUGUCUGCAGUCUGAGCAAGAGAGCCACAACAGAGCCGGACAGAUACGCAGGACCAUCAGCGCCCAGCGGAUACACUGGCCAGAUGUCAGAUCAGUCAUCAGGCAGGACGGCAGGAGCUGCACCGACACCCGGUCCCGUCCCGGCAUCCCGACCAUAAACCAAGUCCCCAAAGGAGGUCUGCGCUGCGCCUACAUGUCCAACGACCCCGCAGUCCUGCAAAGCCUGCUUGUCAUCUCCACUCGUGCCCCCCUGGUCAGGAGGCCUGGCUUCUUUCACAUGGUCCGCAACACCUCCCGCAGAGCCCCCCAGCACGGUAAAGGGCAGUGAGGAGCCUCCAAGCAGGAGCUGGGAGUCCAGAUUUAAGCUGCAACAGGAUUCAAACGACUGUAGGACCUGAGGAAAACUGGAGAGGCUUUAAACUGUGCAAAUGCAGAAACACACUGUGCCUUUGAGAAAUAUCUCAUGUUUGUAGAUAGAUUUUAUAUCUGGACCCCUGCAGUUUACACUGCUUGCCACUAUGUAACCUCCAGCGCUGCAGAAACAACAUUAUGGCUUUUUAACCUUUUCUACCCACUGUGUGUGCUCAGAUAUGUGUAAUAUUUUGUUCUGAGGGAUGAAUUCUCUCACAAAAACCUCACCUACAGUGCCAAAAUAAAAGCAGACGAGCCUGAUUUAACA